AUGGCCAACAACAACAACGGGGAAAUACUGGACAAUCGCUCCGAUGAGAACACAGCCUGCGUGACGGAAACUGACGAGACUCAGUCGAAAACUCCUGGCAUCCUUUUAUCCAGGAAACUCUGCUAUGCCGUUGGAGGAAUGCCUUAUCAAAUGACUGGAACCGCCAAGGGCUUUUUCAUGCAGAUCUUUUUACUGGAUGUUGUGAAGAUGGGAGCUUUCUCUGCAUCCAUCAUUCUCUUCCUUGGUCGAGCUUGGGAUGCCAUUUCGGAUCCUCUGAUUGGAUAUGCCGUGAGCAAGAGUGGCCGGACCAGAAUUGGCAAACUUAUUCCUUGGAUUGUGUUCACAAUGCCACUUGGGGUCCUGUCAUACGUUAUGCUCUGGUAUACCCCACAGGACACCAUGUCCUCUGCCUUCAGUUUCGGCUGGUACUUCACAUGGUGCUGUCUGUUUGACACCUUCAUGAGUUGCUACCAUGUGCCAUAUUCUUCCCUAAACAUAUUUCUGGGGGGAAAUGAGAAGGAACGUGAAAUAUCCACAGCAUACAGAAUGGGCAUGGAAGUGUUCACUACACUGGUGGGAGCUGCCAUUCAGGGUCAGAUAGUGGGGGUGCACCAUGCCAAGAGGACACACGUCUGCAGUUUACAGAAUGGCACGCAAGGGCCUUCUGGGAACCACACAGACUCACUGGAUGACAUAUCUGACACUCUACAAAAUACAAGAAGAGCCUAUUUGACUGGAGCAUUAGUAUUGGGAAUGCUGUACUUUCUGUGCUGCCUCAUGCUUUUUCUUGGAGUGAAGGAGCAGUUGGCCCCACUGAGUAAACUGGACCGAAUAAGUGUCCCCUAUCUAACUGGAAUGAAGAUGGUGGUGAGACACACUCCAUAUGUGUGGCUUGUAUUUGGCUUCCUUUUUGCUUCACUUGCCUUCCAGAUGGCUCAAGGAAAUUUUGCCCUCUUCUGCACUCACGCAGCAAAUAUGGGAGCAUAUUUCCAGCAUCUUGUUCUCAUACUAUUGACAUCAGCUACAAUAUCCAUCCCAAUGUGGCAGACACUACUGGUCAAAAAAGGCAAGAAGACCACCAUAUUCAUCGGCCUAUCAGUUUAUAUCCCAGCUCUAAUUAUGAUAUCCCUAAUGAAAAGUAAUUUACCCAUCUUCAUUAUUAUGUCCAUGUUAGCUGGUACGAGUCUGGCAGCCCUCUAUCUAGUCCCUUGGUCAAUGUUGCCAGAUGUAGUGGAUGACUUCAAAGUCAAGAACCCAUCAUGCCAGGAUCUAGAACCAUUGUUCUACUCCUGCUACGUUUUCUUCAACAAAUUUGGAGGAGGCAUGUCUGUUGGAAUCUCUACUUUGAUACUACACUUUGUAGGAUACAAACCUGGUGCUUGUAAACACAAUACAGAGGUCAUAUAUUCGCUGCAGAUGCUCUUCGCUCCGAUGCCAAUCUGCCUGCUGCUCAUUGGUUUGGUGAUUUUUUGCUUCUAUCCCAUCAAUGAAGAGCAACGGAGGAAAAUCCAGGACGCAUUACGGAAAGCAGGCGCUCUCUCCAGUGUGCAGCACUGUCCACCAGCUCCUUCCACUCAUGACACACCAGACGACAGACUCGCACCACCUGAUGAGCAGGCAGAUUCAGUAGGAUCUCCUCAACAACCACAGCUAGAGGAACAGCUGAACGCAGACCUGAGCACUGACAGAGAAAGAUAG